AUGCCACUGCCAUUCGACUUUUCGCUUUUCAGCAUACAUAACAUAAAAUAUGCUCAGCAAGUUCUAUACACACAAGGCACAAACAAUACAAUCCUUGCUUCUUUUCUCGGCCAAAACAGGGAUAUAAAACUGAAACCAAAGCAUAUGAAUGUCACGAAAUCUCUUCCCAAAGCAAGGAUAAACUCAGCUCAAUCGAAGGUACCUGUUACGGGACUUAAAAUGGAAAAGAAGAUGGCUCGAUUUCUGGUUGAAGGGCUCUCGAAAAACACUCGGCUUGCUGCAGCCUGCUACAAGCUCCCGAACAAAUCUCGUCGCAGAUUGCCUACUCUCGGCUUCGCGCAGGGACAGCUCUCUGCCGCGAACAGAGGCCUCCUCUCGCCGAAAAUCUGUUGGCCGACGGUCGGGGUUCGUCGUCACGCCUCGAGGUCGAAGUUCAGAGGUCGUGGCUCGACGUCGGAGAGUGUGAAUUCGAAACAAACAGUCAUUGAAUGUGAAUUUGUGAGACUGGGAGUGCAAAUUCAAAGAAGAAUUUGA